GUUUCUUAUCUGGGUGUAAAAGAAAGGCAGUAGAGUCAUUUGUUAUGUUCGCAAAACAUAAAGAAUACUCAAAUCUCUUUAAGCUGGAAAAAACAAGUUUUGUGUGUCUCAUACAUAAAAUAUUCUGUCCGAAGAAGAUGAAUCUCUGCUGUGUGCUGUUGUGUGGUACAUUCUUUACUGCAGUAGGAGCAGAAAUUGCAUCUGUUCAUAUCCUGAGUUCUAAAACAGAAGCAUAUGUUGGAGAAACUGUGGUGAUCAACUGUAAAUUCCAGGGAACUGAUGUGAAUAUCCAAAACUUUUUUCGGAUUCACUGGCACAAGAAGAAUAAUGACAAAUUUGGUGUUGUACACAGUUACUAUGCUGGAGAUGAGAGAGUUCGGGACCAGGAUCUGGACUAUCGAGGCCGAACCCAACUGUUCCACACUGAAUUCCUACGUGGAAAUGCUUCCCUGAUGCUGUCCCACGUUAAACUAUCUGACAGUGGAAUUUAUCGAUGUGUAGUAGCAGAUCUAAUGGGGCUGUCUUUUGAUGAGGGAACUCUGAAAGUCCAUGCAAAAAACAAUGCCCCAGUUAUUACAGUACUAGAGGAUGGUGGUAAAUUUGGACUUCAUUGUAAAACUGCCAGUAGCGCUCACAACCCAGAAAUAACAUGGAAAUAUGGAAAAGCAGUUAGAGCUGAAGAGACAGGAGUCAAGGCCCAUUCCAUAAUGUCUGCAGGGCACUUUGCUGUACAAAGCAGUUUGUUGCUGGAAGAUAGUACUCAGGAAAAAGUGUGCUGCUCAGCUGGGAGUACAGACACAGAAGAGCUGCUGGAGACCUGUAUGGUUAUACAGGGAAAUAACUCAGAAGAUCUAAAAACACAUCAUUGUCCUGUUGUCCUGAGUGCAGUGAUUAUCAUAUGUUUCAUAACUCUGAUAAGUAUCACACUUAACAUUUUCCUAUUGAUCAGAGUUUGUCAGUGCUGUAAUAAGGACGAAAUUCUGCCAACAACCAUCCCCUUCAGCAUCCCUUAUGCAAGGCUGGGUAACUGAUGUUUUUGACUGUAUUUAAAAUCAACCUGGAAAUUAUUUCUACAAAGCACAAAAACAGUGUCAGUGCUUUAAAAUAACAUUUGCAGCUUUAACAGUUAUAAACUGAUAGCAUUGCCUGUUGCCCUGACUUUAUUUACAUUUUUUUCAGAAUGAAAUAAAAACAUGCUACUAAUAAAUUCUUUUAAGUCUGUAAGCAAAUUGAUAAUAUACUAUAGUGAACAAAACCAAUGUUAUUAAUAAAUAUAUUGCUUGUUGCCCUGACUUUAUUUACAUUUUUCUACAAGAAAUAAGCAUACAUUCUUGUAAAUCUGUAAGCAAACUGAUAAUGCACUAUAGUAAACUAAACUAAUGUUACUAAUAAAUGCAUUUUUGCAAGUCUAUAACUGAGCUAUAAUGUACUACGGUGGAAUGGAAAAGUUGUAAUUAAAUCAAGUGGAAACCUCUGUGGCAUUGUUUUUUCCGGUCAUAACUUCAAUUUAAACUA